GGCGAGCGGCCACUCUCGGCACCGGCGCGGUGUUCGCUUCCGCGUCGCUGUGGCUGCGCGGUAGGGUGGUGCCUGCGGCUCGGCGCCGCUUUCCUCAGCGGCGAUGGAGCUCCCGCUGUCCCUGCCCGCAGCUGCAGCUGUCAUGGCGCUGGCGCUGCCGGGCCUAGCCGCCUUUCUCCUGGUGCUGGUGAGAACCGGGCCGCGGUCACCGCGGUGCCGGGCGGGCGCGAUUUGUAUGAUUGCUCAUGUAACUGCCAGAAAAAUGCCAACCUUUCAACGACAUGAAAAAGAGAAAUUCUUCGUAAAUGCUGAAGGCAGGAAAGAAUCUGUGCCAAGUAUACAUGAUCCCCCUACCAGGGAUCUCUCUGUUGUUGUGCCUUCGUACAAUGAGGAAGACCGAUUACCUCUUAUGAUGGAUGAAGCCUUGGAUUAUCUAGAAAAAAGACAGAAACGAGAUCCUUCAUUCACGUAUGAAGUAAUAGUGGUGGAUGAUGGUAGUAAAGAUGAAACUACAAAGGUUGCAAUGAAGUACUGCAAGAAAUACGGAAGUGACAAAGUGCGAGUGCUUACUUUGGUAAAAAAUCGAGGGAAAGGAGGAGCAGUCAGGAUGGGUGUCUUUAGUUCUCGGGGGAAAAAUAUUCUUAUGGUUGAUGCAGAUGGAGCUACAAAAUUUGCAGAUAUUGAAAAAGUAGAAGAAGGUCUGAAAAAUCUUCAGCCAUGGCCUAAUGAAAUGGCUAUUUCCUGUGGCUCUAGAGCUCACCUGGAGAAGGACUCAGUAGCAAAGCGCUCUUACUUUCGAACUAUUCUAAUGUAUGGGUUCCACUUCCUUGUAUGGUUUCUCUGUGUCAAAAAGAUCAGGGACACACAGUGCGGAUUUAAACUUCUGACCAGAGAAGCUGCCUUACGGACUUUCUCAACGCUUCAUAUAGAACGCUGGGCAUUCGAUGUGGAACUUCUUUAUAUAGCUCAGCGCUUGAGAAUACCUAUAGCAGAAGUUGCUGUCAACUGGACUGAAAUUGAAGGUUCUAAGUUAGUUCCUUUUUGGAGCUGGCUGCAGAUGGGCAGGGAUCUCCUUUUUAUACGACUGCGAUAUAUGACUGGUGCCUGGCAGCUUGAAACAAGAAAAUGUAAUUAGGUUAUUUACAUUUUCCAAAUAUAUUAUUAUACUUAAUGGAACAUGAGAACAGUUUCAAUCAAGUGAAGUGGUGAUGAAAGCUGAGGUAAUUCUUCAUUACUCCUGUUGUAUGUUUCAUUUUUGCAGCACGUAUGUGUUUUAUAAGGUUGUCAGCAGGAGAUUUGUACCAAGUUUUGAAAAGAGAAAGCAUUUCCAAAAAUAUUUUCUUAUCUGGUAAUCAGGUUUUUAUAAUAUUAAAUAGUAGCUUUAACAUGUCUUAUAAAUUCACUCAAAUAAAUAUAUCUUCUUUUGUCUCAUCAUACAUUUGGAAUUUCCUUACAUAUAUUAAAAGGAGGCUGUCUGUUCUACAUGGUGCAAUAUUGUGUUGUGAAUGACCACAACCAUUUGUUUCUAGAGUAGCUGGAAAUACAGGGCCAUAUUGCAACUUGGAACUAUCAAUCGGUUCACACUGAUGAAUGUUUAGAUUCAAUGUUACAGGAAAUAUUAAUGGGUUUUACUGAGUUACAACAGUAAUGUUCAUAAGGCUGUUCUAAGAACUUUCAGUAGUCUCUGGACAUUCCAGAUGUUUUUGUCUUAGCCUGAAACAGUUUGUCUGAAAUCAAACUGCAGAUCAUCUCCAGACUGUGGAAGGUCCAAGAGAAAGUACUUUUCAUGUUAAAAUGUUGUCUUUUGUAAAUAUUUUUUGCUCAUAUGUACUAAUUAAUAUGAUAUGUUCAAGCCUGGGAGUCCUUGGCAUCUACAAAUCGGUAGCGCAAAGGGUAUGGAAAGAUACUUCAGAACAUACAAAAAUGAAACCCAAUGUACACUGGGGGCCUGUGCAUUAGCAGUGCCAGUCUGACAUUCUCACACUUCAAAUGAGAUCAGAGUGGGAGGAAGGGGUCUUGAGCCUUUCUUCGUAAUGUCAUAGUCUGUUACAUUCUGUAACAAGGGUAUGACAGGGUUCAGUAGUGCUUUCAAAACAGUUGUGGAUUGCCAACAAACUAAGCCAAUCUGUCUUUUUAAUGUACAAAUCUGUACAGAUUUAAAGAAUGAGUGGUGUAUGGAUGUACAUGUGAUUUCAUUGGUGAUUUUUCUUAUUCCUUCUGCAAUAUUGAGUUUUGCUCCUGUUAAGGUUACCUCAGUUUUCUAUGCAUUGAAGUAUUGGAAUAAAUUAUCAAGAAGCACCUC